AUGAGCGAUGAGCUGAGUCUGCAACUCAAGAAUCUGAAACUUGGUAGGGAAGUGAAACGUUUUGCUUCGAAUGGUCAAUUCUCCAUCUGGAAAGAAGUGGCUCUAGCUCAACGUGAGGAGCGACUAAGGUCGGAGGCGGAGCAGAGGAAGCUGACCACGACGGCGAAUACUCAAGCAGCGUACAUCGACCAUCUACGUGGCCUUUUCCACCUUCGCCCAAAGCCAGCUCAUUUGAAAAAGGAAAUGGAGCACCCUGAGAUUAGCAACCCGAUGGAUACUCGAUCUGGGAUGUCGGAUGAGCAUAUAAUUACUUUGCUACUGCAAAAGAUCGACCGGUGA